AUGUCCACCGGCGCGGCGGCCGUCUUCAUCGAGAACACGCUGCCAUUCACGAUCCUCAGCUUCAUAUGUUUCGUCGCCUGCCCCGUCGACAGCGACACCGCGUACUUCUUAAAAUUGUUCUACAUCAUGUUCACGCGCAUCCCCCCGCUCAUGAUCGCGCUCCUCCGCCACGCACUACAAGAGCGGCGCGAGGACCGCGCUCUCCUCGCGAAGGGGGCGCAGCGCCGACCUGGGCUCCAAAGGACCAGGCUCGACGAUAUCGUGAUGACUAGACGUGGUAAGCUUAAGUAA